UUUCUGUCAUUACACCGGCAGGGAGCCUAUCCUGGCCUGGAUACAUGCUCCUGCCACCCCGGAGCCGCUCCAGAGCUCCAACCACACAAACCUUUCUCGGGCCCCGGGAGAGGCUCCAACGGACCCGCCGGAGCCCGGCUGGUUCUCCCCCUGCCCAACGUCACUUCCGCUCCAGAGGGAGUCAGGAACUACAGCUCCCAGCCUGCCCCGGGGCUGCUUCCUCCGUCUCCAGUCCUGGUAAGGGUGGGUUUCAGCCGCUGUUACUGCGCAUGCUUCAGACCAGACGCUGCGGCCUCCGUGGGCCGGUGACCUUCGAGGAGGUGGCUGGUAUUUCACCCCUCUACAGGGAUGUCAUGCAGGAGAACUAUGAGAAUGUGACCUCGCUGGCAGGUAAAACAAUGUUAUGUGAGAAAGAGAAGCAGAAUUCUCAGCAGAACAAUGUUGAGCACGUGGAUAAACACAGAGAAUUAUCACAAAGGUUGGAAAAGAAUGUGUCCAGGAGUCAUGAGCAGGGACAAUCAUGUGAGAUUCAGCACAGACCAGAAAGAGAGCAGGGAAACCAGCCAGGGGAGAAAGUGGGUAAAUGUAUUUCAUGUCGAGGAACUCAGAAAGACCUCAAGGAAACCACAACCCAGCAGGAAAUCCUCAUGGGAAAGAGAAAAAAUACAUGCACCGAGUGUGGAGAAAACGUAUGUGACUAUUCAGCCCUUACAAAGCAUCAGCAACUGCACACUGGAGAGAGGCCCUAUGAAUGCAGAGUGUGUGGGAAAAGCUUCACUCAGAGCUCACACCUUACUAGGCAUCAGACAAUCCACACAGGGGAGAGACCCUAUGAAUGCAGUGAGUGUGGGAAGGGCUUCAAUCACAGCUCAGCCCUUUCUGACCAUCAGAGAAUCCACACAGGAGAGAGGCCGUAUAAAUGCAGUGAGUGUGGGAAAAGCUUCGAUCACAGCUCAGCCCUUUCUCACCAUCAGAGAAUCCACACAGGGGAGAGGCCCUAUGAAUGCAGUGAGUGUGGGAAAACCUUCAAUCAAAGAUCAGGUCUUUUUCAACAUCAGACAAUCCACACAGGGAAGAGACCUUAUGAAUGCAGAGAGUGUGGGAAAAGCUUCACUCAGAGAUCACACCUUAUUAGGCAUCAGAGAAUCCACACAGGGGAGAGGCCCUAUGAAUGCAGUGAGUGUGGGAAAAGCUUCAAUCACAGCUCAGCCCUUUCUGACCAUCAGAGAAUCCACACAGGGGAGAGGCCCUAUGAAUGCAGUGAGUGUGGGAAAAGCUUUACUCAAAGAUCAGGUCUUUUUCAACAUCAGAGAAUCCACACAGGGGAGAGGCCCUAUGAAUGCAAGGAGUGUGGGAAAAGCUUCACUAACAGCUCAGCCCUUUCUGACCAUCUGGGAAUCCACACAGGGGAGAGGCCCUACGAAUGCCAUGAGUGUGGGAAAACCUUUGGUCGUAUCUUGUUCCUUUUUCAACAUCAGAGAAUCCACACAGGGGAGAGGCCCUAUGAAUGCAGUGAAUGUGGGAAACGCUUCAAUAGCAGCUCAACCCUUUCUAAACAUCAGAGAAUCCACACAGGGGAGAGGCCAUAUAAAUGCAGUGAGUGUGGGAAACACUUCCCUACCAGCUCAAGCCUUAUUAGGCAUCAGAGAAUCCACACAGGCAAGAGGACCUGUAAAUGCAGUUUGUGUGGGAAAACUUUCACUACCAGCUUAGCCCUUUCGGAACAUCAGAGAAUCCACACAGGAGAGGCCCUAUGAAUGCAGUGAGUGUGGGAAUACCUUCUGUUGGCACUCAGCCCAUGUUAGCCAUCAGAGACUCUGCAAGGGAGAUCAACACCACAAAAACCUCUAUAGCUUAUCCAUACUUUUUUUCUUUAAUACUUUUCCUGAUUCCCACAUACUAACUUUUAAAGCUGUUUGAACUGUUUGCUGCACCGUUAUCCCUCAACUUGUCCAGAUGAGUGACCGAUUUUUGCCUUUUGCCAUUUGACCUGUUUUGAGGUGGACUCAUUUGUCCUUUCUAUCAACUCCAGUAUCCCAUGACUACUUCAAGUAUGCCCUUCCUGUCUGGAAAGAGGGAGCAUCACAUUUAUACCAUUCCUUCUAUUGCAAAGUUAAUGUUAAAGUCAACAGUAAUACAGAUUGUAUCAUUUCCAGUUGAUCUCAUGUUGCUCUGGGUUGUGCUGAAGAGCAGUUAUAUUGGGAACUUUUCAAAUUAUAUUUAAAUGAAGAGGAGCAGGGGCAGGGGAAAAGGGGUCAUUUCAGCCUCUGUGACACUGGAAGGGGAUGGGGUGACUCAGAGAUUUCCUCCUUCCCCAUCACUACAGAACUGAUACCCUUUUUCUGAGCCAUGCAGAGUUUAUCUUCAUCACAUUCUGCCCAUCCACUUCUCAGUGUCCUGUGAGGAACAGUUCUCAGCUGUCUGUGGUUGGAGAUGAUGCUUUCACUCCUUUAAUCCUAAAUCAGAGUCAUUGUGACUGGCAAUAAAAGUGUCAAAGACCUGGAAGGGGAAUUCAAAUGGAUCCCAAAUACAGUGUGAUCAUUUGGAGUAAAAAUUGCAGGUUCCAUCUGUUGGUAAAGCCACUUCUGUCAAGGUGUCUGUCCCCCCCACCCCCCCGGCCCAAUUAUUUGGAUGCUAGGGUAGUAAAAAUGUUGUCAAUAACAUAACUGACUAUUGAGACAGUGCUGAGUGAAGCAGGUUUGAAUGAAUCAGAGGAGAAUGUGAUGGGAGAAUCUCUUGUCCCGAUUCUGAAUAAUCAGAGCAUAACCUGCUCCGGAAUUUGACUUGACACUUUCGUUGUCAUGUAUUCUAUCUCUCCUGAAGGCUGUUUCGUUACUCAAUUGGAUAUUAGUUCUGUUUGAUAGGAUGUAGCUCAGAUUUAUUGGAGAAUUUAAGACAAAUGACCAUUUACUAAACUCAUCAUUUUUCACUUCAGUUUUGCUUUUCCCCCAUCCCUCCAUGAUGACAUGGGGAAAGUUCAAGUGCAGUUCUGUCAACAGGAGCGAACUCUCCAAUAUACUGCACAUGCUAACAACGAAACAGUAGUGAUUUAAAAUCUCCACUCAGAAAAAGGGAACAGCAGCAGAACCCCAGCUAACUGGAGGAAGUGCAAAUGAUCAUAUGUAGUUCCGUUGUUGAAGACAGUAUUGUCUCAGAUGAUCUGGGGAGAGAAUUCCACAUUGGAUGAUUUUGAAGUAGGUAAAAUGUACAUGUAUUUGGUUCCUAAAGCAUUUGUAACCCAGGCCCUACAGAAGAUUUCUCCUAACUUACCCUAUAUUAUGGGAGAUGCUGCCCUUCAUGACACAGAUGUUGAGGAAAUAGAAGUGAGGGUUUAGUUGAAUUUAUCCUGUGUAGGUGCUAAAAAUGUGUAUAAAAUGAAAUCAGUGUUGUCAGUCUAAUAGUUGCAGAAAUCUUGCUAUUUUCUAAUAGAAUCUCCAGCUCUGGUAAGUAACAGAUUCUAAUCUAGCCCUGUAUCCAGUCCCUUGCCUGGACCUGUGCCACCAGAUUAAAGAAAAGCUGAGCAUGUUUUGGGAAGCCGUUCUUUUUUAAUACUGCUGAUAUUGUCGAGUGAUUUUGUAAAAGAUUCUACUGCAGAGAACUGUAAAUUUACCCGCACCAAGACCAAGGAUUUGGAAAGAAUUGGAGUUGAAAGAGAACUCACUCACUUCUUUGUUUCCACCCCAAUAAAGGAAGAUAUGGUGACCAAUGACCCAAUAGCUAGGAGAGGUGCUGGCCUUUCUAUUAUCGCAGAGUGUGACUGUAUAGCUCAGUGCAUCUGUGACAAAAGCUCAUUAGUGCCAAUUGGCAAAGGGCUCACUUAUUCACAGGCAACUCCUGUCUCAGAUCUUUCAGACUUGCCACACCUAAUACUGAUUUUAUUCUAUUUAUUCAGGAAGCAUAUCAGUGAGAUCUCUGCUGAAAAUAGCUUGUAAAUUAUUGAUACUCCUAUUCACUGUGAGAGAUGUGUAUGAGUCAUAUUGAAGGAGUAAUGCAAGUACGUGGUAAAAGAUGUCCAUCUGGUAUUGUAAUGAAAGUGAGUCACCCCAAUCAUUGGUCUUGGUGGGGAUGUCCCGUUCAUGUGGGAGGGAAUUGUCACAUGUCCCAUGUUAGCCAGUUAUGCGAUGUGUUGCUCAAUUGUCAACCUUUACACCAACCCAGAAAAGCCAAUGGAAAUCUAUCAAAGACAAACUAGCGACAUCGAAAUCCUGUGGAAGUGAAAGGACAAUAUGACAAUGAGUAGAUCGUCCUUUCUGUGCAUAAAGACAAAAGACUGAUUCAGUUUAUAAGAGGGUGGAGAAGAACACUCUGGGUCCAUUCACCAAGGAGAUCCCUCGUGGCCAGUGGUGCUUCAUGAAAAGCAGGGCCCUGGCUCCUAGGGACUAGUGACCACUGCAAUAUACUGAACUGUGAGGUGAGAAUCUACUGAGAUAGGAAAGGUAACCACUAAAAAGUGUAGGUUGUGUUUUGUUCUGUUUCAAUGUCCAUUUCUUUGUAAGUACUCAAGUGCUGUGUGUGAUACAGGAGCUGUCAUAAACAGAUGGUUAAGGGUUAAUGCCUCUUUUACCUGUAAAGGGUUAAAAAGUUCACCUAGCCUAGCUAACACCUGACCAGAGGAACCAAUGGAGGAACGAGAUGUUUCAAAUGGAAGGAGGGAACUUUUUCCUUUGUUUUAGAGUUUUCAGUUUUCAGCCGGAGUGAAAAAGAUCAAGGAACCAGCCUCUUAUCAGAGUAAUAAGUUUUAGAAAGGAAUAAAUAGGUUUAUGUUUAUUUCUUUGUAAUCUCUCUUAUGCAAAUUAAGGGAAUUAUCAAAAAUUGGAUAUUUGGGUAUUUUUUCUAAAUUUGUGCCCAGGGGAAUAUCCUCUGUGUUUUGAAUCUGUUGUCUGUGAGAGUAGCUGGUAUGCUAAUCUCUCCCAGAGGGUUUUUCUUUUACAUUUGUUUUCUGUAAUUAAAAGCCUUUUUCUUAA